GAAUGAUCCGUCAGUCUGAUUACAAAAUCCGCCCUGACCGACCGCAUUUAAGUCGUUGCAGGGGAAUCAUCAUCGGAGAAUCAUCAUCGGAGAAUCAUCAUCGUCGUCACCGUCCGACAACAUCGUACAUUGCUGGCCAGAACUCUUCUCCGGCUACUAGUGCUGGCAAUGUGUUGUGCUGCGCGCUAGGUCGUGCGUCGGCGAAGAGGAUAUGACGGGCCAAGCGCCGGACCGCGCUGAUGCUGAGAUGGCGGAGGUGGAGGCGGCCUCGCAGCAGCUCUCUCGCGGCGGAGAGGACGCCGCCAGGGAGAUGCUGGCGACGGCUCGCCAGCUCAUCGACCAGGGGAAGCCCUCUCAGGCCCUCCAGGCGGUGGUAAUGGCAACAAGGGCUAAAGGUGGGGACGAGGCUGUGUGUCUGUUCCUUCAGCGGGCUCGUGACCUAUAUCGGACAAGAAUUCAAUCGAAUGCUGCCAUUGAUCAGCUGGCCUCCUUGUUCGCUGAGUGCGCCAUAGCUGAAGCAGAGCCUCAGAACGGUGAGCCUUUACCAGAAACUAUGGCAUCCAACCCAUCCAUGGAUCCAGAUGCUCAAAGGGGCUCUAUUUUGGCUGAAACUGGGAGAGUCCAGGUUGUGCUCGAUGCAUUUGCUGAUGGGAGCAGUUUCAUCUGCUUGCAAUGUGGGGGCCUUGUUAGCGUACAUCGAAAAGACGAGCAUUAUGCCUACUGGUGUGGGUAGGUGAUGAAUCCUAGACGACUUGAUCUGAAACUCAUUCAUCAGCUUAUGGCGUGAUAUGAUGACCCACUCUGCUUAUAUUUCCUCAUCGAUGCAUUCUCGAGUCCCUAUUGACUCAACUUCAAGGGAAGAUUGUAUGCAUCGGAUAGGGUUUGUGAAGUUGUCCUGCAUUGGAUCAGUAUAGACAACCGAGUGAGCUGGCGAACUUGAUGCCAUGCUAUUGUAAUGCACAUACAUGUAUUAUUAUAAGCGAGUGUCCAAGGAAACUGGAAGACACGAUUGCUCAUGGGAAGUUCAUGAUAUUGUGACAAAAUAUUUAUCGAAUAUUAUUCAUUCGCUUUGGAUGAGUAUUCA